CUUCAAAGAUUGGUGCUGGUCUUAUUGGUGUAUAAGACCGGCGGCGUUGAGUACUUCAUAUUCACACGAAUUUACGUGCGGUAUAGGUAUAUUUUCUUAGUGUGGAAGUAGUACUUGUUAUGCCACCAUUUGAUACUUUGGCCUCUCAUAAUGACAGGAGGGGUAUACUUCUGCCACGCACAGUUUUGUAUGACCUCAGAGGUAUCUGUUAGGCCUGGGCCGAACCCAUACUUUCUGACUAUUCGAAGCUAUAGCUUAAUAAUGGCCUCCAUAGCUGUUGAUAAGGGAAGCUCUGCUUCAUCAUUGCAGCCCUGCUCGACAUGGACCCUGUCCGUUGAAGAGAUUCGAGCAAGGCGACGUGUUCAAUAUGGCUGACCAAAAUAUCGAGCGAUUGAUGAGCCGCAUGUUCGGACAUGGACGGCAAGAAACUUCCGAAGAAGAGAAGACAAGGCACGUUGGAGUGGUAUUCAGGCACUUGACAGUCAAAGGCGUAGGGCUUGGGGCAAAGAUACAACCUACAGUCGGCGAUCUCUUUAUGGCAUUACCGCGAAAGAUUGGAGCUGUUUUCAGCGGGAAUAAGAAAGCCCAUGGGGGACCGCCGAUACGGACAAUCAUCAAUGACUUUAGCGGUGUCAUCAAGCCAGGGGAGAUGGUCCUGGUGCUUGGUCGUCCAGGGAGUGGUUGCUCAACCUUUCUGAAAGUGCUUGGGAAUCAAAGAGCUGGCUUCAAGAGCGUCGAAGGGGACGUGUGCUAUGGAGGAGAGUCAGCAGCAACCAUGGCCAAGGAGUUCAGAGGAGAAGUGCUAUACAACCCCGAAGACGACCUCCACUAUGCGACAUUAAGCGUCAAGCGGACUCUAGAGUUUGCGCUCAGGACAAGGACACCAGGAAAAGAGUCGAGGAUGGACGGCGAGAGCCGCGAACAAUACAUCAAAGUGUUCUUAAAGGCGCUCACACAGCUAUUCUGGAUCGAGCAUACACUGAACACGUUCGUCGGCAGCGAGCACGUCCGUGGCGUAUCGGGAGGAGAGAGGAAGCGUGUUAGCAUUGCCGAAGCUAUGAUAACGAAGGCUUCGACACAGAUGUGGGACAAUUCUACAAGAGGCCUCGAUGCGUCUACAGCAUUGGAAUAUGUGAACAGCAUCCGGACAUUGACCACAAUGGCCAAGAUAUCGACGGCUGUGGCCUUAUAUCAAGCUGGAGAAAGUUUAUACAAAGCGUUCGACAAGGUAUUAUUAAUCGACGAAGGUCGAUGCUGCUAUUAUGGCCCAGCAGACGCCGCCGUCGAAUAUUUUGAAAACCUCGGGUUUGAGCGCCCCGAAAGAUGGACAACAGCCGAUUUCCUCACCUCCGUCACUGACAAGCACGAACGGCGGGUGAGAGAGGGAUGGUACGAUAGGAUACCCAAAACCCCUGAACAGUUUGAGGCCGCUUUCCGCGGAAGCGAGAUCGAGAAAGCAAAUUGGCGCGAACUGGAUGGAUAUCAAAGUCUUGUUGAGGAGCAGAUUCGCAGGAGAGCCGAGGCGAUGACGAAGAAGACUGCGAAGAAGAAUUAUACGCUCCCAUUCUACCUACAAGUUUUGGCGUGCACAAACGAGCAUUUCUUCGUUAUGCUGGGUGAUCGACAGACUUUGAUUGGGAAAUGGAGCGGUAUCCUCUUCCAAGGUCUUAUUGUUGGCUCGCUGUUCUUCAACAUGCCGAAAACAACACAAGGUGUGUUUGAGAGAGGGGGUGUGAUGUUUUUUAUGCUGUUAUUCAAUGCUCUCCUUGCUUUGGCAGAAUUGACUGCUGCGUUUCAAAGCAGGCCUAUCAUGAUGAAGCACAAGGCCUUCUCGUUCUACCGUCCUGCGGCUUAUGCCAUUGCUCAAGUUGUUAUUGAUUUGCCUUUAGUUCUUAUCCAGGUCUCUAUAUUUGAUCUAGUGGUUUACUUUAUGUCUAAUCUCCAGCGCACACCAAGCCAAUUUUUCAUUUCUUUGUUAAUUCUUUGGACCUUGACUCUGGCUAUGUACUCCUUCUUCCGUGCCAUCGGGGCCUGGGCUGGUUCUCUAGAUGUUGCAACUCGGUUUACAGGACUUGCCAUCCAAAUAUUUGUCACAUAUACGGGGUAUCUUAUUCCCCCGAAAAAAAUGCGGCCCUGGCUGUCGUGGCUUCGAUGGAUCAACCCGGUUCAAUACGGCUUUGAGGGCCUAAUGUCCAACGAGUUUUACAACCUCGAAGUCCAAUGUGUUCCUCCAGUGCUCGUUCCAACUGGCCCCGAUGCGCGGCCUCAGUUCCAGUCAUGUGCGCUCCAAGGGUCGGAGCCAGGGAAGACCUCUGUUUCUGGAAAGAAUUAUAUCAUGACGGGUUUCGACUAUACCAGGUCACACCUUUGGCGAAAUAUCGGAAUCAUUAUCGGCUUCUGGCUAUUUUUCGUUGCUCUCGCGGCGCUGGGAAUGGAGCGACAGAAACCUAAUGCUGGUGGUGGUGCAGUUACAGUCUUCAAGCGCGGCGGAGCUCCAAAAGCUGUUGAGAAGGCCAUCAAGGAGAAAGACGCCAAUGGGACCGACGCUGAAGCUGGAAGAGAGAGCUCAGACGACAACAGGGAUGAGAGACCUCAAAAUUCCGGUGGAGGAAUGAGGGAGGGAAUAGCGAGGAACGAAACGGUCUUUACCUUCCAGAACGUUAACUUCACAAUUCCUUACGAGAAAGGGGAGAGAAAGCUACUUCAAGGGGUUAAUGGUUAUGUAAGACCUGGCGAGCUAACAGCACUGAUGGGCGCCAGUGGUGCAGGGAAGACAACUUUGCUCAACACGCUCGCGCAGAGAGAGGAUGCUGGUGUUGUCACUGGUGAUUUUCUAGUAGAUGGGAGACCGCUUCCCCUGUCGUUCCAGCGUUCCACAGGCUUUGCUGAGCAGAUGGAUAUCCAUGAGCCUACAGCCACUGUUCGUGAAGCAUUUCGGUUCUCGGCUCUGUUACGCCAACCAAAGGAGGUUCCGAAGAAAGAGAAAUAUGAAUAUGUCGAGAAGAUUAUUGACCUGCUGGAAAUGCAUGAUCUAGCCGAGGCCAUAAUUGGAGAGAUUGGACAUGGGCUUAACCAAGAGCAACGGAAGAAAGUCACGAUUGGAGUUGAGCUUGCCUCAAAGCCGGAAUUACUACUUUUCUUGGAUGAGCCGACGUCCGGACUGGAUAGCCAGGCUGCGUUUAAUAUCGUGAGGUUUCUACGGAAGCUGGCUGAUGCUGGGCAGGCAAUCCUCUGCACCAUCCAUCAACCGUCUGCAGUCCUAUUUGAGGAAUUUGAUGAACUCCUACUUCUCAAAUCUGGAGGACGAGUUGUCUUCCAUGGUACGCUGGGGAAAGAUAGUAAGGAUAUGAUUGAAUAUUUUGAAGAGAACGGCGCCAAGGAGUGCCCGAAGGAUGAGAAUCCGGCAGAGUACAUGCUGGAGGUAAUCGGCGCAGGUGAUCCCAAUUACGACGGGCCUGACUGGGCGGAUAUUUGGGAGAAAUCAAAGGAUGCCAAGGAUAGGCAGGGUGAGAUUCAGAGGCUGGUCCAAGACCGUCGACAGGCCACGGCAGGGCACGGAGGGGCCAGGAAGGAUGACAGGGAGUAUGCUAUGCCAUAUAGCACGCAGAUCUUGGCUGUGAUUAAGAGAUGCUUUAUUGCCUACUGGCGAACCCCCCAAUACUUCUUUGGGAAGCUGGUUCUUCAUAUAAUUACUGGUCUCUUCAACACAUUCACCUUCUGGAAACUAGGCAACUCAAGCAUCGACAUGCAAUCCCGCCUCUUCACCAUCUUCAUGACCAUGACCAUCGCCCCGCCCCUAAUCCAACAGCUCCAACCCCGCUACAUCUCCUUCCGCGACGUCUUCAAAUCCCGCGAAUCCAAAUCCAAGAUCUACGCCUGGCCCGCCUUCACCCUCGGCGCCAUCCUCCCCGAGCUCCCCACCUCCCUCUUCUGCGGCGGCAUCUUUUUCUGCUGCUGGUACUUUGGUGUCGGACUCCCGCUCGGCUUCCCCGCUGGGUAUGUCUUCAUGAUGAUCUGCCUCUUCGAGAUCUUCUACGUCGGCUUCGGACAGUUCAUCGCUGCAAUGGCACCAAACGCCAUGUUCGCUUCCCUCCUCAUUCCGUUCUUCUUCCUCUUCAUCGUCGCCUUCUGCGGCGUCGUCGUCCCGUACCCGGCGCUGCCUAGCUUCUGGAGAAGCUGGAUGUACUGGCUAACCCCCUUCCACUACUACCUCGAAGGCCAGCUCGGCGUUGUCACAAACAACAUCCCCGUCGUCUGCGACGAAUCCGAGUUCGCGCGCUUCCCUCCUCCACCCGGCAUGAGCUGCGCGUCGUACACUGACGAAUUCGUGGCGCGGAUGGGCGGCUAUGUGCAAGUUGGUGCGGGGGGCUUGUGCGAGUACUGCCAGUUUGCGAAUGGGAACCAGUUCGCGAAGGGGUUUAAUGUGUUUUAUCGCCAUCGCUGGCGUGAUUUCGGACUCAUGUGGGUGUAUGAUGGAUUUAACUUCAUUGUAGUGUUCUUUGCGACGUGGAUGUUUUUGGGGGGGGCGAUGAAGAUUAAGAAGGCGUUGAGUCCGAAGGAUAGGAGGAUUGCGAGGGAGCAGAAGAGGGCGGCGGAGAGGUCGAGUGAGGGGUGA